AUGAAUAAAUAUACUAGCAAUUUUGAAGAACUAACUGAGCUUGGACGGGGAUCAUUUGGCCUGGUUCAUAAAACUAAAUGCAAACUAGAUAACAAAUUUUAUGCCAUCAAGAUAGUUUAUUUAGACGUUGAUGAUAGUGAACGAAAAAAAUCGGGUAUCGAUAAUGAGGUGAAAAAUUUGAAAAAAUUAAACUCAAACUAUAUUAUCCGAUACUAUGAUUCAUGGUAUGAUGGAAACCAUAGCACCUGUUAUAUACAGAUGCAAUUAGGGUUAUAUAGUCUACAUGAUGUUAUUGAUAGGCGAAAAGCUAUUAUCAUUGCCAAUACAUCAAGUGGACAGUCAUCAUCAGCAUCGGCAUCGGCAUCACUAUCACUGGUCAUGAACUAUAUAUCUGUUCGGGCAUUCAAAGAGAUUGUCAUUGGUGUCAACUAUUUGCAUACUAGACGGCCGCCUAUACUGCACAGGGAUCUUAAACCGAAAAACAUACUAAUCGUUGAUGACUACCCUAAUAGUGGACGACGACUUGUACUCAAACUGUGUGACUUUGAUUUGGCAACCGAUCACAAGUCCUCACUGAGCGGCCAUACAUCGCAAGUGGGUACCGAUGAUUAUCGGGCACCCGAAGUAAUCGGCAUCGACAAGGGUGGACUUGGUGUACGUAUUGGUGGUGGUGGGGUAGACAGGAUUAUCUAUAAUACCAAGGCUGACAUCUAUAGUCUGGGAUUAGUCGGAAGCAAUCUGUUUGAUGUGAAUAUCUUUGGCAACGAAACUAUCGAUAAAUCUGAUCCCAUCUAUAAUAUAGUUAAUCAAUUGAUAGCUAUGAUUGAAAGAGUCAAAGAUAAGAGACCCAGUUGUCAGCAAAUAUUAUCAGAUGAAAGUAAAUGGCUUAUCAAUGGACAGUUGGUUCGCGAUAUAAAAAAUAUUGAUAAUAUUGUUUCAAUGUUAUUAGAUGAUAAUGAUCAGCAACAAGGACCUGGUUCAUUUUUUCAUCAAUAUCUACUUGAUCAAUUGUAA